AUGUCUCAGACUAGCCCCUCGCGCCAGGCGAUUUCCAGUCCUCAAGGAAGGAGCUCAAAUAAACGCAGUUGUUUCCGCUGCAACCAGAGGAAAGUCGGAUGUGACCGAAAUCACCCCUGUGGUCGAUGUCUGGAAUCUGGGGUUGAAUGCAAGUACCCGGGGAACAAGCGAGCUCCUCGGAAGUUGAGACGGCCUCCAAUCUCCGAAAUUCUAGCUCAUCUCAAGGAGUUGGAAGACGAGGUUAAAUAUCUGCGGUCUAAAUCGACCGCCAAUCAAAGUACUAUGAGUUCUCAGUCGAGCGUCAAUGACGCAAGCCGCCUGAGUAAAGAUAGUGAGCAGCCACAACACUCCAGGGGCAGGCUAAUUGUUCGAGGCGAACGAAGUCGUUAUGUAGAUGACGAGGCGUCGGUCCUCAUUGGGGAUAAAGAAGUCUGUGGUGAAUCUUUGGGAAAAGAGAGCGCAUCACGCAAUACCAACGCCAAUGCCAAUCUUAUGACCGAUCCGUUCAUAGGACUUAUAGAUUCAGAUGGAGAUGCAUAUUCCGACACAAGUAACAGUCAUUUUCUCCAGCCUCUUAAAGUUCGCGCGCUGUGGAGCGUCUUCAAGGAUAAUGUGGCGCCCUUGAUUGUCAUUCUGCACAAACCCUCCAUCGAGGCUAUUGUAGAUGAGUAUUGUGCAAACCCAGACUCAGCCUUGCAAGCAGAACAAGAAGCUCUCAUCCUCGCCAUAUGCUUUGCUGCGGUGGUGAGCAUGACACCGCAGCAAUGUCUGUCUGUUCUCAGUGACAGUCACGAUGUCUGCGUCCAUCUGUACAGAGUCGCAGUGGAGCAGGCUUUGGCAGGGGCUAAUCUGGUUAGUACUCAGGACAUGCGUGUCUUGCAGGCUGCUGUAUUGUUUUUGUUAUGCCUUCGCCAGUGCAGUGAUCUAGAGCGCGUAUGGGCCGAAGCCGCGAUUGUGGUCCGCGUCGCACAGCGUCAGGGAAUGCAUCGGGAUGGCCAGCAGCUGGGACUGACGCCAUUCGAGAUCGAAAUGCGCCGCCGGCUGUGGUGGCAUAUAUGUAUAAUGGACAUGCUCUGCUCGGAGGAUCAAGGGACUGAUACCCAGAUCCAACUUGGGAUGUUUGAUACCAAGCUUCCAUCGAACAUCGACGGAGACGAACUCAGACCAGAGAUGGCUAGUCUGCCGUCUUCGCAAAUGGGGCAUACUGACAUCACAUUGUGUAUACUCAACUGUGAGAUUAUGAUCAACUUAUACUGGGCCGACAAGUCUCUCGACCAGGGCGCGCGGCAGUCGUCUAUGCCCGAGAAAGACAAAAUUUUAUCCAGUUUGGCGAACCGUCUCGAGGAGCAAUAUCUGCACAAAUUUGACCUGGAUGUCCCAAUUCAAUGGAUGACGGCUGUGAUUGCUCGACUCAUGCUCUCCAAAGCUUGGCUGGUACAUCGCCUGAAUCUCUCAGCGUCGGAUCAAGACUCCUCAGUCACUAAAAACGACGAAAUUUUCGACAUGGCGGUCGAGAUUCUCAAAUUCGCGACACUGUUGCAAAAUAAUGAGGUAACGGCUCAGUGGGUGUGGCUUAACAAAAGCUACAAGCAACAACAAGUCGUGGCAUAUAUCCUUUCCGAGCUCUGCGUGCGACCAAUUACGCCUGAGACGGAGCAUACCUGGGAGGUGGUGACAAAAAUCUAUAACGAGUGGCUGCAGGAGGGUUUGCAGACCAAUGCGAUGCUUCAGAAACCCCUAUCGCGCUUGAUGGAGCGCGCGGUGAUCUCACGAAAGAGAAAGUUGGCAGAGGCUGAGCUUUUUGGGAGUCGCCAUGUAGUUGAACAGCCUAUAGACACGGCAGUAGAGGCUGCUCAGGGGACAUCUCAGCGUGCUACAUCACAUACCAGCAUCUCUACUCCAAAUGCCUUUAUGGGUUCUGGUACUAACAUGGGGCUCGAGGGUCCUGAAAUUGGCCCGUUAGACGGUCAUGGCUUUGACAUCGGUUUCAUACCCUUCGAAGUCGACGGAUUUUCUUCUCCUUUACUGAGUUGGUUAAAUGGAUCUUUGUUGUGA